AUGGAGGCGGUUCACGAGACAGUCCGCUUUCGCAACGACCCCGAAUGGGGGCGAGGAUGCGCGAACGCGCGAGUUGGUGAGUGGACGCAAGAGUUUGUUGACAUCCUCAACAACCGCGUCGUACAGCCAUCGGAUGCUGAGGUUAAGACCGAGCUCACGCUGAAGGCCGGCGUGUUUGUUACUCCCGAGAACACAGCGAUGCGGCUGCCACCACAGGCGUUCCCAAUCCGCGUUGUGGCUCAUUUCAACGGCGUGCUCAACAAACUCAAUCGGAGUGACGUUGCAUACGUGCUCGGCUUAAGGGGCGUUGCUUAA